AUGAUUCUUUGUUUCUUUCCUUCUUUUUUUCCUUCUUUCUUUUAUUCGCACCGUCUUUCACAUUUCAAUCAUUCGUUUUCUUUCUAUGUUUCCGUUGUUAGCUCUAAUUUGUCUACCGACUUUCUUCUUUAUUUCUUUCUUAUACAUAUUAGCUUUGGUUUUUUCUUUCUUUCUUCAGAUGAUUUAUUUUCUUUCUUUCUUUCUUUCUUUCUUUCUUUUUAUAUCUAUUCAUUUUAUUUCCGUCUCUUGAUUAAUCAAAUUCUUUCUUCAUUCUUUUCUUUUCCUCCUUUCAAUUCACUUUUUGCUGUCUGUCUUUUUCUUUCUAUCUUUUACUCAUUCUCUUUCUUUCACUUUUGCUCAUUGAUUUUCUUCAUUUCUCAUAACUAUUCCCUUUCUUUCUCUUUUACUCAUUCACUUUCUUUCUUUUACGUAUCCUCUUUCUUUCUCUUUUUUCAUUCAUUUUCUUUCGUUCUUUUACCUAUUCCCUUUCUUUCUCUUUUAUUCAUUCAUUUUCUCUCUCUCUCUCUCUCUCUCUCUCUCUCUCUCUCUUUUACUUAUUCAUUUUUCUUUCUUUCUUCUCCAUCCUAUUUUUCUCUCUUUGUUUUCUAUUUCCUCCUUUUUCUUCCUUCUUUUGUUUUUUUUCAUUCACCUCCUUUUCCUUCUCACUUAUUUUUCAUCCUCUUUCCUUUUCCUUUUAUUUUUAUUUUCCUUCUAUGCUUCUUCUUCAUUAAGAUCUUGACUCUUUUCUUUUUCAUUUCCUUUCUCUCUUACACUUUUUCUCUUCUUCUUUUUCUUUCGUUGGAUCUCUUUCUGUUACUAUUUCUCCCCCCCACCACCACCACUUCUUCCUCUACCCCUACCUGUCCUUCUCUCUAA